AUGGCGGACGAUGAGUUAACUAAUAUCAUGGUAGACAUGGAGUUUGGAGAACUGAUUAAAGAUUGGAUAGAAGAUUGGUCAGAUGAUGAAAAUUCAGAUCGUGGAAAUUGGUCAGAGAAUGGGAACGAAUGGGAAGAUCUUAAUAUGGAUGAGCAUGAUGAUGGUCAGGAAAACAACUCGGAGUUCCCGAAUGAAGAUUACAUUAGUCAGGUGACAGAAGAUGAGGGGAAAAAGAAUGUCCAAGAUAUUGCCAGUGCAGAUGAUAAGAGGGAUAUGUUCAUACAAAUAAUACAAAUGACUUUUAUGUCUCACGAUGUUGUGUUCGAUUUGUACAACAAUUAUGCUAGAGAUAAUGGCUUCAGCAUUAGAAAGGGUAAGGUCAGUUAUAGCAAAACCGAGUCACAUCAUAUGCGUUACAGGCGGUUUGUUUGUUCCAGAGAAGGGAAACGUGACAGCAAGUUGCUAACCGAGGAAGGACGCAACCGUAGGCUCAGACCCGAGACAUGCUGCAACUGCGAAGCGCACCUUACCGUCAAGCUUGACCAAAAGCGUGGGGUUUGGUAUGUUGAAAGUUUUGAGGACAAGUAUAGCCAUAUGAUGGCAAGACCGGACGAGGUACCUUUUCUUUGGUCCCACAGAAAAAUCAAAGAGUACCAGAAAGCUGAGAUAUUGUCCAUGGGAGCUGCAGGGAUUAGAAUUCACGACACUAUGGAUUCCUUCCUCAGCAAACAUUUAUGGUAUGGCGGUGUUGGUUUUACCAGGCAUGAUAUAUACAACCUUUGCUCCAGGGAGAAGAGGAAGCUGCUUUCAAAAGGUGAUGCUGCCACAACCAUAGGCAUCAUGGCCAGUAGGAAAGAGAGGGAUCCUAGCUUCUUUUUCGAGUACAAGUUAGAUAAGGAAGGACAUAUGAAUAGAAUGUUCUGGUGUGACUCCCAGUCUCGUCAUGACUAUGAGGACUUCGGCGACGUGCUUGUAUUUGACAGCACGUACAAGAUGAACCGCUAUGGUAUGCCAUUCAUACCUUUUGUUGGUCUUAACAAUCACUGGAAGACCACUGUUUUUGGUUGUGCCACGGUUUCCGACGAGACCGAAGAGACAUAUGUGUGGCUACUGUAG